AUGGAGCUGAUGAAACUAUGGAUCACAUUAAACAGCAGCAGUACCAGUGAAGAAAUGGUGUCCAUCCUCAAUUCAUUGGUUCGAUUAAAUGUCUGUCAUAGAAGAAUCCUGGAGAGUCUUAGCAGAUUUAUCAAAUUGGACCCUGAGCAGAGGAGACAAGCGAGUGAAUAUUUGCUGAUGUUUAAAAUGGCUCUCAUCACAGAGACAAACAUCUGGAAGGAGGUCAUGUCUCAACCUCAUGGCAGCAUGAUGGCAGGUACAGUCGUAGAACUACAGCACACCUGGGAUACACCAUUGGUAAACAAACAAAGUUCUAAAAUGUGCCAAGCUUUAGAGUCUUUGCUUGGACAGAAUGGAUUCAGGAUGAACUGGACUCCCAAGUCUUCAGCUUUCAUGUUGGACAUUGUUGUCUAUGUGAAGGAUGGGAGGCCGGUUGAAGUACAGGAGGAGGAGGUGGACUGUGACAAGAGACUGGUGUUGUUGAUAAGGCGACCAGAGCACUACCGGAUCAGGCAUAACUCACAGCCUCGUCUGCUGGGGAAGUAUGUGAUGAUGAAGAGACACCUGUUAAGAAGUGGAUACUCUGUGUUGGAGGUGUCUGGUGAAGCAGUUGACAGCAACAAAGACUUGAUGGAGUACUUCCAAAGACUGCUGCAGCCAUACAUCGCCUUCUCAGAGGAAUAAGGAGAAACUGGGCCUACUAUAUUCAGUGAAUGAGGAGACAGUGAAAUUUCAGUCAAAUGAGUGAGCAUAGUAUGCAUUUACAUCAUCUAAAACAAAGAAUAAGUUUUCAAUUGACUAAAUUUUGAUCAAGGGAAA